AUGCAGAACUUCAUCUGGGCUCUGCUGGGCCUGGCCAUUGUGCCUCAAGCCCUGGCAGCCGACACCCUAUCUACGAAUGGAUUCAACCUGUGCAUGACUAAUUCGGCAAUCAAUGUCCAAAAGAUGGACGUCACCUACACUCGUUCUAGUGGAGUAGUUGUCUUCGACGUGGCUGGUACCAACGCGAAGCAACAGAAGGUGCAAGCGGCUAUCACCGUCACUGCCUAUGGCAACGAAAUUUACAGCAAAGAAUUCGACCCCUGCGGCGAUGAGAUCCAUGUUGAACAACUCUGCCCUGUUCCCAAGGGUACUUUCAAGGCCAGCGGAUCCAUGGAAGUUCCGGCCGAAUAUGCUAGCCAGAUCCCUGGCAUCGCAUUCAAAAUUCCCGACUUGGAUGGCCAGGCAAAGCUUGUCCUUAAAUCCAAGGAAAACAACAACAACGUGGCGUGUAUCGAAUCUCACUUAUCCAAUGGCCACUCCGCCGAGGUUGGCGCGGUCAAAUAUGUCUCGGCCGGAAUUGCGGCAGGCGCUCUUGCACUGAGCGGUGUCUCGGCUCUUGGUUCGGCGGGAAGUGUUGGAACACCGUCAUCUAGCCCUGGAUUUGGCGACGUGAUGGGAUUGUUCCAUUCUAUGGCUACCAAUGGCAUGCUCAGUGUCUCCUAUCCCCCCAUCUAUCGCAGCUUCUCCUCCAACUUCUUGUGGAGUACUGGUUUGAUCCCUUGGCCUGGCAUGCUGCAGUCCAUCGACAAAUUCCGCGAGGCCACUGGCGGUAACUUGACUACGGAAAGUUAUGAUUACCUGAAGAAGGCCUCUAUCGCGCGCAGUAGCUCAUCCUCUACCAACACAACCAAUACAACAUCAACCAACACGAAACGGAGCUGGGAUUACACCAUCGAAUUCGGCGAGAUGGUCCCUCGCUCGAUUGAAGCCUCUGCCGAUCCUAGUGUUACGGAGAGCUCUUCGGACAGUAAGGAAAGUGGCUCUUCGGACAGUGAGGAAAGUUCUUCUUCGAGCACGGUUAGCGACAUGAAGCAACUCGCUCAAGAUCUGAUGGUUCCAUCUGCCGAUAUCUUCAUGACUGUUCUCUUGAUCUUCGCCAUCGUCAUCGCUGUGGUUGUUGUCGGUAUUCUUUUGAUGAAGGUUGUCCUGGAACUGUGGGCGCUCUAUGGAAACUUCCCCAACAAGCUGUCCGACUUCCGGAAAGAUUAUUGGGGCUUGAUGGCGCGGACAAUCACCAACAUGAUCCUUGUGCUUUACAGUAUCUGGGUGCUAUACUGUGUCUACCAACUGCGAAAGGGUGAUUCGUGGGCAGCAAAGACGCUGGCUGCCAUAACCCUUUCUAUCUUCACCGCGGUUCUUCUUUUCUUCGCCGUUCGCAUUGUUUACAUGGCUCGUAAGUACAAGAAGGCAGAGGGAGAUACCUCUCGUCUGUACGAGGACAAGGAAACCUGGAAAAAGUACAGUCUGUUCUACGAUAACUACAAGAAGGACUUCUGGUGGCUUUUCAUCCCCGUCAUGGUGUACGCUCUGGUCAAGGGCUGCAUUAUCGCCGGUGGCGAGGGACACGGUCUAUUCCAAAGUGCUGGCCAGCUCGCUUGCGAAAUCCUUCUGUUGGGACUCUUGGUGUGGAGCCGCCCCUAUGCCACGAAGGCAUCAAUGGGAAUCAACAUCGCCGUCCAGGUCGUCCGUGUUCUGUCUAUUGUUUGCGUCCUGGUCUUCGUCGAAGAACUUGGUCUUUCCCAAACAACAAAAACCGUCACUGGUGUCGUCCUCAUUGUCGUGCAGUCCACUCUCACUGCCGUCCUCGCAAUUCUCAUCGCAGUCAAUGCCAUUAUCAAUUGCUGCCGCGAGAACCCACAUGAAAAGCGGAGAAGAGAAGCUGAAAAAGCAAACCGCGACCUCGACGAUCUGACUCCCUUAGACGCCCGCGACUCCCUCCUUAUGGACCACCCGCAGCGCAAGGAAUACGCCGAGAUGAGCAACUUCAACUUCACCGGCCCGUACGAGUCUUACCGAGACGAACCUAAGCGAGACAGACCAACUGGCAGCGACGAACGCGAUGGCCUAGUCCGCAAUGAUUACGGCGUGGCACACGGGCGCAGUAAUAGCCCCGACAGCCACCACUCGCGAAGCUCUCUCGAAGGCCGUCGUCCCGCAGCCCCGGGCUAUGGGAUGGCAUAUUAA